AUGAGAAGAGAGCGGAAAACCACUGGGAAAGCACUCCUUAGGAGGGAAAGUAAAAAGGGCGACAAGAAGAAGAGGGGGGAGUUAACCCUCACAGAAAAAAGAAAGAAAAGAAAGGGAAGCACACCGGAGGAAGAAAAAAAGGAGAAAAGAGAGAAGACAGAAGUGAUAAGCGAGAAAAGCCCGUUCGAGAGGAGUAAUAAAACUGCGAGGACUCCAACAAAAGCAGAGAAGAAAGCAGUAGAAAAGGGAGGAGAGAAGAUGGAUAGCCUGCAAAAGUCACUGGAUGAGAUUUUAAAGAAGAUGGACGAAGUGAAGGAAGAGAGAAGGAGGGAAAGAGAAAAGUGGGAAAAGAGGUGGAAGGAGGCAGAGGAGAAGAUGAAUGAAAAGGUGGAAGAGGUAAGGCGGCUAAUGGAAGAAGAGAAAAGGGAAAGAAUGGAACUGGAGGAAAUAGUGAAGAGGGAUGCGGAGAAGGAGAGAAGAAAAAGGGAAGAACUGGAAAGAAAAAUGGAAGAAAGGGUAAAAGUGUUGGAGGAGAAGGUAGAAGGAGAGAAGACAGAUAAGGCGGAAACAGGAAGUAAAGGGAAAGAGGAGAAGGAAAAGGAAAAGAUAAUGGAGGCUAAGAAUAAACUAAAGGGCACGGACGUCUUCAUAGAUCACGACACAACUUGGAUAGAGAGGAGAAAUAGAGAGAAGCUGAACGGGCUGGCGAAAGAGUGGAGAAGCGAAGGGAAACAAGUUAAAGUAGAAAGAAACAAACUGACGGUGGUAGACGAGGAGUUUAUAUGGGAUGAGAGAAAGGAUCAGCUUUUUCGGAAAAGAGGAAGAAGGCAAGAAUAA